AUGCUGCAACCUCACCGCCGAACCACGACCCAUCUCUCUCUGGAGUUCUUCAUACCAUUCUCGAAGGCGAACACUGCUACCUUCGAUGUCACUGCUGCAACCUCCGACGAACCAUCUAUCGAAGGCAACCUCAGGUGGGUUAUGGAUAAUCCAAUAGAUACAUCAGAUAAGCCUUUCAUCGGCAUGCAAUUUGAUAGCGACAAUGAUGCAUUUGAGUUCUAUAACAGUUACGGAAGAAGAGUGGGUUUUAGUGUCAGAAGAGAAUAUGCAAAUAAGAGCAAGAAAGAUAAUACAAAGAUAACUUCGAUGAGAUUAGUUUGUAGUAAACAAGGUCUUCGGAAAAAAGACAAGCGUGUUGAUGAUGCAAUCUCGAGCGGAGACGAGAACUGA